UUCGUUGCAUAGGGUCCAUGGUUGCACACAGACGAUACGUAUUUUGUAUUGGAUAUUCUAGCCACACAUGCUGAAGGUUAUCCACCUCUACGUGCAUGCAUCAUCACCGACUGAAAAUAGGAAGGACAAAGCCCAGUGCAGCUCAAGACGAGAAUAGCGCAUGCGCAUUUCAUUCAAGACUCAUCGCUUGCUGGCCGAUGAUUGGCUGGCCACGCUAUAUGCAUUGCAUACACGGCCGUACCGUCGAGAAGGGAGGAUUUGUGCGCUAUCCGAAAUGGACGACUCAUUUUUGUACUGAUAUUUUCGGAUUUUACAAGUGACUUCAAUAUUCCGGAAUUGGAUCGUUGGCAUGGCCAUGUUCUUUCCCCGAUGCCGUGAUGCAAAGUAAUUUUUCGUAUCGCCGAUGAGCUACAUCUAACAACUCUAAGAAGUGCAUGUGAAACUGUACAAGUAUGGACAGUGAGAAAGAGGACCAAGGCACUUCUGUCAGUGCUUAUCUUAUCCCUGAGAGAGUGACUACCAAGCCAAAGGUUGCCUGCACUGUCGUUGAUACUGCGGUAUCUGAGGAUGGUCCUGGCCGAGCCACCAAGACCUUGCCUGAAGGACUGGAGAUCCGUGACUCCGGGAUCUCAGGAGCUGGCCAAGGUGUCUGGGCAGGAAGAGACUUUGAAGAAGGAACACGUUUUGGUCCCUACCAAGGCGAGCAGGUGGACAAAAUUACUGGCUACCAAAGUGGCUAUGCAUGGGAGAUAAGAAGUGACGGAGGCCAAGGAGAGGUCAUCCAUUGCAUAGAUGCUGGGAAUGAGACCAAGAGCAAUUGGAUGCGCUACGUCAACUGCGCCUGCAAGGAAGUAGACCAGAACCUGAGGUCGUACCAGGAUGGUGAAGACAUCUUCUACAUUGCCUACAAACCUAUCAAGGCUGGUACAGAACUCUUGACGUUUUAUGGAGAGGAGUACGGGAGAAAGUUGGGCAUAGAGACGGAACCUUCAACAGUUGCUACCGGCGACACUCACUUGUGCAACAUCUGCGGCCAACUACUAACGUCUGUUGAGUUUCUGAGUCGUCACCUGAAGUACGUUCAUCAGAGCCGUUAUGGCAUCCCCUCCACGUACAACAUGAAUGCUGAUGUUUCUGAAUAUUUGAAAUCAGUCAAGCAAGGCAAGGACCUACUGGAGAAAGCAAUUAGCCAAACUGACACAAGUCCCAAUACGUCAACAGAAAAAGCUGCAAGUCGGAAGUCAAGACUAGGUUCUUCAACAACUCAAAGAGCUAUCAAAUCCACCAAACCUUCAAAGGCUCCAGGUACUCCAAAGAAAGAUUCUGAAGACUUGGUCCUGCUGGACAAUGGCGACGAGGAGGAUGAUGAUGAUGUCGGGUUUGCCGGUAGCGGCAGCAGCAAGCAUACCACCUGGUCUCUGAAAGCUGAUUCAGAUGAUGACCUUGGAGACACAGAGGCUGCACCAGACCCUGUGGUGUGCACGUGGUUUGAAGAUGUACAAGAUUGGGCGGAGGGGUUAAUAGAUCUUGAUGAUGGUGAAGAUGAUGAUGAGGUCAAAGGAAGCAGUGGGAAACAGUCACCUGAACAGGAUGAGAAUGAACUCGAGUGGCAUCUCUGCCAUGAAUGUGGACAACUCUUUGAUGAAGAGGAACUCCUGGAGAUUCAUGUUGCUGCUCGUCACACUGUAGGAGGUAAACCAGUGAACAAGAAAGAGGCUUCUACCAAAAAUUCUGCUGAUGGAACAGCUUCCUCCAGCCCUAAAGACAAGGGGUCCAAGACAAAGGUUGGCAGCAGUAAAGAAGAGAAGCAGAGGACUAUUCAAGAGAUAAAGAAGAACUCAAAGGAAACAAAAGGAGAGAAGGUGAAAGACCAGAGCAAUGAUGUUGGUACUGCGAGGACUAGUAACAUAUUUGACAAAUUUGGCCCAGUUCCUGGAAAAGUGACAACUGUAAAUGAAGCCGGUGAUGCGGUAGAGGUAAUUGAUUCUGAGGAUGUGGAUGAAACUAGAGCAAAGGAAGGGGCCUUUAAAGACAAUGAUAUCAUGGCUAUUGAUGAACAUUUGACUUCUUCAAAUCCAGAUCAAGAUGCGAAGGAGGAUGAUGUCGAAGAAAUAGAAAGUGAGCAAAUUGCCACAAUUUCAACCGUUGGAGACUUCAUUCAGGAAGAUGACACCGCAGAUAUUGACCAAGUGCAAACUGGUUCUCAUCUUGGAGGAUUCAACUCCGAUGCCAAUGUGAACAUUGAGAAAGAAAUAGUGGAAGUUAUUCCUGGAGAUGAGGAUGACAGUCUGGUCGACCCCUCGGCUGGUAGGAAGAUUGAAGAUGGAAUGUCUCAACAGGCAUGGAGGCAAUAUAUCUGCAACAUCUGUAGGAAGGCAUGUCACAACAAAGAGGCUCUUGAAGAACACCAGAAGUCGCAUCCUUUAUUUCAGUGUUCGAUAUGCUUUGUGUCAUUUAUUAGUGAGGAAAGUCUUCUGCAGCAUGAGGUAGAUCAUAAAGAAAAGCCAUUCUUCUGCGGUACAUGUGGAAAAACAUACAAAAGUCAGUCCAGCUUGAAAGAACAUGAGUACAGCCACACUGGCCAUCGACCCUUUGUGUGUCCCUACUGUCCAAAAGGCUUCAUGCGUAACAAAAAGUUGAAAGUGCAUAUAAAGAAAAAUCAUAAGAACUUAAUCCGUGCUGCUCGGAAGCCCCCACCACCCCCAUUAGUUCUAUCAGAGAAUCAGUUUGAUGGUUCUGCUUCAGUGUCUGAUGUGGACAUGGAAUUUUUUGAUAGAGAGAAGCUGAAGGAACAGGAAUCAAUCAGUGGUCAAGCAUACUCCACUCUAAAAAAAUCCAGUGAGCAGUCGGAGUUCAAAUGUGACACCUGCAGCCAGAGUUUCCCUUCUAAGUCAGUUCUAGAACGCCACUCUAAAGUUCACCAAUUCUAUGGAAGUACAUCGAGUAUAUCUGCAAGUUCUGUUGCUUCUUCUCAGGAUAGUGCAAGUAUAGAUGAAAUGUCUGCAGAGGCAGGCACCUAUCCUGAAGAGAUGAGGUCACCGCGACCAUUCAAGUGCCAACUCUGUGAUUCAACAUUUCUUGAGGAAGCUCACUUGCAAAUUCAUGUAGAGAUUCAUAGCAUGGAUGGACCUUGGGGUUGUGUGAUCUGCAAAAGGAAGCUCAAGCAGAGAGCACAUCUCCUGGAACAUGUCUAUGUCCAUUGGGGUUACAAACCCUUUGCUUGCCGCUAUUGUCCAAUGGACUUCAUGAGAGCCUAUGAUGCUGAGAGACACAUGCUAUCACACAAACAACGGCGCGGGAGAACAGAAGAGCCCAGACAGAGGGCAAACAAUGACCUGGAUGGUAGCCAUGCUGGGCAAGGUAAUGAAUCCAAGGCAUCCAUUCUUGAAGAUCUGUUAACAAAACCACAAUCUCAUAAUGAUGACAUCAAUGAGGAAAGGGGUGGAAUGUUCAAGGACUUGGGUGACUCCAUAGCCCCACUGCCUGUCGUCCCUCUGAGAUGUCCUGAUGAUGGAAAGAACAGACCUUACGCUUGUGAAUUAUGUGACAGAGCAUUUACUGCUAAAUCCUCGCUGAGAGAGCAUCUCUUCUUACAUUUUGGGAAGCCGUAUCCCUGUGAUUUUUGUGAAAGACAAUUCACAAGAAAAACCUACCUUAUUAGCCAUAUGAAAGAAGUCCACCCUGAGGCAGACACCUCUGCAGUUGAAGAUAGUGUUCUAGAUGGGAAAUAUGAAGAGUUGAUCAACAAAGCACUUGACCGGCAUCAGUCUGUGGACCAAAAGAAGAUUUCUCAGCCUGAUGUGAUCACUGAUUCUAACUCGAACCGGCCAUAUGCCUGCAAAGUUUGUGAUAAACGUUUUCAGUUCUCCUACACUCUCAAAAAGCACAUGCAAGCCCACAUCAAGCUGAAGCCACUCCUGUGUGAUUUCUGUGAGAGGCGGUUUGUAAGACAGAGCUACCUGGAUGAGCAUAUAAAGAACCAACAUCCUCCAGGGUCAAGAUCCAAAGACCCGAAUAAGCCCUUCAAAUGCGAGAUCUGUGACUUGACUUUUUCCAAGCGGGCUUAUCUCAAGGAUCACCGCUUCAGGCACAAGCUCAAGAAGCCAUUCCCUUGCAGCUUCUGUACCAAGAGCUUCCGUCGGAAAUGUCUCCUGCUUAUGCAUACCUCUCGCCAUCAUCCUAAUGAGCAUCAGCUGAUGGCUUCCAACCAACCUAAAGCAGCUACUGCUCAACAUUCACCAGGCUCAAGCUCAAAAACCUUGAAAAUAAAGCUGCCAUUCCAAAAACAGAUGUCUCCAGCUUCUUCCCAGUCUAAUCUGACAAGGGACCCGCUAAUGUGUCAUGAAUGUGGUGCCACGUUCUCGUCUGUUGCCAAUGUUCGGAGGCACAUGCGCAUCCACAGUGGAGAGCGUCCAUUCAAAUGCAAAUUCUGCUCAUGGUCCUUCAAUCGGAAGGAGGUUUGGCGAGGUCACAUGAAGAAGAAACAUGCAGGGGAGUUGCGGGCUUCAAGGAAUAAAGCGAAUGCAGGUCUUGGCAAGAUCAAGAAGGAAGGUUUUAACUGUGACAAGUGUGAUGGAUCAUUCAAGAGUAAUUACUCAUUAUCGGUACACUUGAAACAACACAGUCAGGGUUCUAGUUCUCGUCCUUUCAAGUGUUCACUGUGUGAUCUGGCCUUUAUUAGGCAGUCUGACCGUACCAAGCAUUUGAAAUUCGUCCAUGGCCUUGACCAAGCUGAUAUUGAUGCUAGUGCAUUGAACAAAAAGGAAAUAAAAGUAGAACCAGGAACAACACCACCACCCAGUACCCCUCAGACUAAUGCACCUUCUGCUGAAGUUCAUGUAUGCCAUAGAUGUGGUGCACGUUUUGACUCAUUUUGGGGUCUCGAGAGCCAUUCAAGAGUUCAUGAAAAACACUCGAGGUUUCCUCGUCCGUAUAAAUGCAUUGAAUGCGGAGCUGCCUUCAAAGGACUUUCUAAUCACACACGCCACAUGAGGGUUCAUACCCCAGAAUAUAUCCUGGAGACAAAGAAGAUCCUGAGUAACAUGCCUGGCAGGAAGUCAAGAGUUCAAACAUCCACAACAAAUCUUCCAGUGAAACCCACUGUGGCACCAACAGAUAAAGGACCAUUUUUGAGUGGAAAGGAAGCAAGGCCCCAUGUGUGUCCCAAGUGUGGUACGAGCUACAAGUAUGCAAGGAACCUUAGGAAACAUAUCCCUCGCCAUAUCAAGUCUAGUGACCGCCCUUUCCAGUGUAAAAUCUGUGGGAUUUACGCAAAAACUAAAACCAGCAUAACCAAGCACAGUCAGAUUCAUGGUCCACAAGCAACCUCUAGAAGAGUUUCCCAUGACUGCCAAAAGUGUGGAAGUUCAUUCCCAACCAAGCAAGAGCUGAUGAAACAUCUGGCAGUUCAUACCCAGUCCAUAUCUUCUCAGUCCAUGUUUAGAUGCAAGUUCUGCAAUGCUGGCUUCAAGCACAGAGGAUCCCUUACCAUCCAUGAAAGGUCCCAUUCCAAACUGAACUUUGGCUUCAAAUGGGAGAAAACCAAAGUUGUGAAAACACCAGAUAUUUUCCGGAACGGUAGCAAGAAGGUAUUUGUUAUAAAAGGCUUGCAGUGUCCGGUGUGUAUGAAAACUUUCACAAGACGUUCCGGUGUCAGCAAUCACAAGAGAGUUCACCCAGACGUCGAAUUUGUCUGGGAGGAAGAACUAAGAGGAUCAGUAGACAUGACUUUGGAGAGGCCUUAUCAGUGUAGUAUUUGCCUCAUGAGAUUCAUGAGGCGAUCAGGCCUAUCUAAUCACAUGCACUCUCACCGUAUCAAAGGGAGCAAAAGCGAUGAGUCACCGUCAAAGCUUCCGGCAACACCAGAAAGCAGUGGUUUCCUUCUAAAUACAGAAAAUGAGCAAACGACACCAAGGGCAGAAGAAAGACCAUUCUCUUGUGAGCAGUGUUCGUGCACUUUCAAAACCAAAGGAUCGCUGACAACACAUACCAAAGUGCAUAGCCAUGAUAAAAUGGAUGAGCGUAACCAUGUCUGCGACAUCUGCGAGUGUAGGUUUAUAAGCUCUACUAACUUGAAGAAGCAUCAACGGGUCCACACUGGCCAACCAGGGACUCCGAUACAGUCCGAUCCUGUCUCGAAAUAUUCUCAACUGGAAAGUUCCGAGAGUAUAGAUAUCAAGACCAAACGGCCUUUCCGGUGUAGAUUGUGCGGUGAAACGUUCAAAGCGAAGCAUCUCCUUGAUGACCACAUUCAGAUCCAUAGCAUUUCCCCGAGACAGUCUGUAGUGAAACCAAAGGAACUUGGGGCAUUGCCUGCAGAUGUAAGUGAAAGUAGUGGAGAAGCUUUCCUGAGAAUGACAGAUAGACCCUUUCCAUGCCCAACUUGUGGUGACAGAUUUCGACUGAAGACUACCUUAUACAAGCACAUGCGCCUUCACAGGCAGAGUGCUGGAAAACCCUUCCGCUGUGUAGAGUGCGGCCUUGGAUUCUACUCUAUUGGUAACAUGACCAAGCACUUAAAACGGGCCCAUCACAGAUUUUCAAACAAUGUAGCAGAUGAACCUGUGGCUGAGAUUUUGGAUAGCCUGAAGGUUACCCCAGAGCCAGUGUCCCCUUCGGUCAGUUCUCCGAACAGAUCUGUCAGGUCUCCUUUCAAAGCAAGACCUUUCUCAUGCAAGUACUGUGGAGAUACCUUCACCAUGAGAUGCAACAUGAACAGGCAUCGGAAACGGCACGAGACUGGAGACAACUUGCCUUUCCGCUGUACCCACUGUGGGUUUGGAUUCAAGAGUAUCAAGGAACGGACGAAGCAUAUAGUCCGCGUUCAUAAUCAAGAUCCCAAAGAGCACGUACGAACUGAUACUAGGAAACCAAUACGUACAGGAAUGAAAACCUACAAGUGUCCAAUAUGCGGUGAUAACUUCACUGACUCUUCAGGAAUUUACAAGCACUUGCGUGUCCAUGCUAAGAGUGCUAAUAAGCCAUACAAAUGUGAGAUUUGCAAAAUUGGAUAUAAUACAAUGGUUGGCCUGUCUAGGCAUCGGGGUCGAGUCAACCACUACGUCAGUGAUAAUGGCGAUGAAGGUUCAUCAAGAUCAUCUCAACAGCCACCAAGAGACAUUAAACCAGAUAUAAGCACCCUGCAGGACAGCUUGGGAAAGACUUUGCAUAAAUGCCGUUAUUGCCCUGCCACCUACAGGGACAGAUCCUCUGUCUGGAGACAUGAGAGGGUUCACAAACUUGGUGUAUCGAAUUCAAGACCAUUCUCUUGUAAGACCUGUGGACUGGCCUGCUACUCAAGGGCCCAUCUAGAAAGGCACGUACAGAUUCACCGCAGAGCUCCGGGAUUCAGACCAGAUACGCAUGCGAGAAAGAAGUCAACCUCAGAUCGCUGCAAGAGAUGCGGGUUGGCAUUCCGUACAAAGAGUCUCUAUCUAGUUCACAUGAAACGGUGCUCCAGGACCUCGUCAUUUGUUUGCAAGAUUUGCUCCGUACCUUUCAGCAAUCAGAUCAUGCUCACCAAACACGUUCGUCAGGAUCAUGGUGGCUAUCAAAGGGAUGUCAUCAACUUUUGUGGUAGGAGUAUUGUCAGGGAAACUGGUGCUGACAAGAAGUUUUGCUGUGACCAAUGUGACCAGAGGUACAAAAGACCUAGUGAACUUGAAAAGCACUUGCGACGCCAUGCACUUGGCCUUAUCAGACCCCAAGAGGGCUUCUCUCCUUCUGCAAUCAAGCAAGAGGAGGAUAUUGAAGUGAAUGUUGAAACCUUAGAAGAAAGUCAUGAAGAGAAUCUUUCUGGAGGAGACAAGACAGAGGAAACCCAUCAGUUACCUGAAGUGGAAGAAUCUCCUACUAGUUCAGGCAGUUGGUUUAUGGCAGCUGGUCGAACACCUGUUCACAAUAGAACAAACAAGUCUGAUAGGGCCCGACCAUUUGUAUGCCAGACCUGUGGAUUCGCCUUCAUGACAGUCAUCCAUCUACGCAAGCAUACACGACUUCAUACAAUAGCCCACACAAAGCCAUAUGUUUGUAAGAUCUGUACCUUGGGUUAUACUAGAUUAUUGGACUAUCACAGGCACUGCAAUGUUGUUCACCCAUGGGGAAAGGGUAAUCAGAAUGAGGUCAGAUGUCCUCGUUGCAAGGAGAAAUUUGAAGCUAAGAGUGACUUGGUAGAGCACCUGGAGAAACAGACUUGCAAGUUUGUAGAUGACCUUCCAGAAGUGGAGACGAGUCAGCAAGGUGGUGAUGGAGGUGACCAAAGAAAUGAGGUAUCUGAUGCAGUAGAAGGAGUUGAAGGCACCAUGAGUGCUGCCACCAGGCUAGGAUACAGUAACAGAGAUUUGAUUUGUCCCAUAUGUAACUACCAAUUCCUUGCCAAACCUCAUCUCGAAACACACAUGAAAGUGCACGACAACUGGGAGAAUCAGCCCUACAGAUGCGAGCGAUGUCAGAUUGGUUAUAGUACGAAGCAGCAUUUAACCAAGCAUGUCAACAUGAAUGUUCAGUGUAUCAAACUGGCAAAAGAAAAGGAAAGAAAGAGGCUAUUGGAUGAGAAAAAUAAUCUUCUGACCAACAGUAGUACAGAGUUGGAUGCAGCACCAGAAGAGAUGGUACCGCAACAACCCCAGCUUUCGCAAAGUGGAAAGGUAAAGCGGCAUAUCUGCCAUCACUGCAAUAAGAGCUUUGUCAAAAGAAGUCAACUACGCAUCCAUCUUGAGUAUCACAUACCAUCACCUGAUAGACCACACGUGUGUGCCAAGUGUGGUAUGGGCUACAAAACCCUCUCAAACUAUGCUAAACACAUGAAAUGGGAACAUUCUAAGCCUUCUGCUUCUCCAGCAAAAUUAACAGCGGCGAUAUAUAUGUGUAGGGACUGCGGGUAUUCAGUCACCAAGAAGUCUCUGUUGGAAGAGCAUACCCGCUUCGGAUGCCCUAAAAAGAAGGAAAACCCUGCCACAGAAGCACCUCAAGCCUGUCCAGUAUGCGGUAAUUACUUCAAUUCAUCUGUGAUGUUAUGCAUCCAUAUCCAUGAACAUAUAUAUCACAAGCUCUUCAAGUGCACCAAGUGUCCUCUUAGAUUCUCCAAUCCAGAGGAGAAGAAGAAACAUGAGCAAAACCAUCCUGACUGGAAUGAGAUGCUCCUGCAACUGUUGUCAUCAGAGUUCAACAGGAGGCUGAAUCCAGAAGAUGGGCAGGGUGUCAGGGUAAAGAUAGAACCUGGUCUUGAAGAACCAGUAGAACCUCUAGUGCCAUAUGUUCCUGAGAAGGUCCUACAGGAUGGACCAGCCUCUGGAGUCCUGGUGGUAAAACCAGAACCUGUGGAUGAACCAGAGUACAACUAUGAUCUCGGAUCUCUUCAGGAUAGUGCUCUUGGAGAUUAUCAAGCCUUGCUUCCUGACACGUCAGACAGCAUACUGCCAAGUAUUUUGCAGCAAACAAGAAGACCAGAAGGACAAUCUUCAUCUGCCAGUAGACUGGAAAAAAUAGUGUCAAAUCUUGCAGCUCAAAAACCAUCAUCAUCAGAUUCAAGGUUACAUUCUUCAUCAGGUAUAUUUUCUGUAUCUGGUUUAAGUUCUCAAAGAAGACCCAGUUCAGAGAAUGUGCCAAGUACAUCAACAUCUGUUUUGACAUCAGUUUCCAGUGUUGUAACUUCUGCUUCAAGUGUGUUUACUGCAGCUUCGGAUGUUGGUGAAAUGCCCGACUCAGAGACCUUGGUAAAACAAGUAACAGAGGUAUUGCCAAGUAGCAAUCCAAGGGUAUCUGACAAGUCUCAAUCUGAUGCCAUUUUGACCAAGAAGUCUGUUGAGCAAAAGUCAAGUCCAAAACAGAAACUGUUCCGUUGCAGAUAUUGCCCUUCAGCAUUCAGGCUGAAAGGACUCUGCAUGGCUCAUGAGCGUCAAGCACACAGGAAGAUCUACUCAAAGGCAUCAGGCACCAGCAAACAACCUCUUAAAGAUCUCAGCAAGAUGUCUGUAUGUAACAUUUGCAAUGCUGUAUUCGAACAACAGUCAAGUUUGUCAAGGCAUAUGCUAUUCAAACAUGGAGUUCCUUUGAAACCCAAAGAACCUGAAAGGGAUUAUACUGCAGAUAGAGGAGGAGUAAAUCAUAUUGCAGAUGAUGAGGGGCCAAUUAUAACAAGUAUAAUGAGCCAAGGAAAUCUGCACCAUGGAGCUGCCUAUCAAAGGCAACCAUCAUUGUUGCAGCAACGUCUUGAGGCUCCUCUCUCUCCGUCAUUAAUGCCAUCAUCAUCUUCUGGCCAGCCAAUGUCUCGAUUGGAAUCUCUGCUGACAGGAAGAUCAAUAUCACCAACUAACCAGUCUGCCCUCCUUUCAAGAGGUGAGCUGGACUAUAGGCCCUACAGAUGUGACAAGUGCAACUUUGCCUUCACCCAACGGCACCACCUCGUCCGACACAUCAAGAGAGACUCUUGUGCCUUCCAUGUUCUUGGGCGAAAGGCUGCUGCCCAACUCAAGGAAGGGGAUACAGGAAGCAAACCUCCACCAAAGAAUGUUCAGGGUAUAAAGAUCAAGGUCCCAGAGAAGAAGCAUAAAUGUACCAAGUGUCCUCGAGCUUUCUGGAAACGUAUCCGAUUAGAAAACCACAUGAGGGUCCAUCAUGGAGUAGGUCUCUACAAAUGUAAGUUCUGUGCCCAGGAAUACAAGCUCCAGGUCGAUUGCUUGGAGCAUGAAGAGUCUUGCCCAUUCGGUCCUGGAGCAAUGGACGAUUUGGACCUGAACGGAGGAGACCUGGGCUAUGAGCAGGAUGUGGAUUUUGGCCAGGCCGAGGAUCUGGAUCUAAGAUCUGACACAGAGCUCGAGCAGGCUCAAGCACAAGCAUUUGCUGAAGAUCAGAAUGAGGACUUUGGAUUUGAGAAUUCUAACCAUCUAGGUGAUCCUCUCGUUGACGGGAUGGGGGAUGACGAUCGGGAAUGGAUGGGGAUGCAGAUCAAACAAGAACCUCUUGAUUAGCAGUCGUGUCUGUAAAUGAUCGCAAAGCAACAACCUCACCAUCUGCUCUGCUGCCUCUUGAUAAAAAUAGAUUUAUUUUACAUUUUCAUCCUUUUUAAAUUUUGUCCUCUUUCUGUCUCUUUCUCCUGAUGUAAAUUUUCAGAAAAGACAAUCAUCGGCCGUCAUGCCAUAUUUAAUUGCACUGUGUUAUCGUUCUUGUUGAUCUUAUAUUAUGUACAAAGAAGCUUAAGUUGAUUCUGCGCUCUUAUUUUUCGUAUGACUUUAGCGACAGGUUGACUCUGUAGUGAUGUGGCAGUUGCAUUACUGAUUAUGCUUUACAAAAGUUUGU